AUGCACCUAAUAUUGGUUUUUUUUAAUAAUUGUAUCAUUAUAUUUUAUACCUUAUAUUUAUUAAAGUUUAAUUUUGCCCAGUGUGUAUCAAAUACUCGUAAUUGUCAUACACUGGUAUUUCCUACCUUUAAUAGUAAAAUUAAUCGCAAUGUUAAUAAUUUAAAGUUUACUCCCACUAGUGGUAGGUUCAAUAAAAGGAAUCUAAGUAAAUUGUGUAUUAUAAAUAACGAGUUCAUCACUCUUAAACCUGUUCAAGUAUCUGUUAACACAUUUUGGGGAAAAGACUCUCAAUUUAACGCAAACUUUGUAAUUAGCGCUAAUUUAAAUGAUACUUUUCGCACUGUUAAAGAUUUCUUGUUUAAGAAAACCGGUAUCCCAACCGAAGUGCAACAACUGUAUAUAAAUACAAAUAAUUCAGUAGAUAAGGAUAAUAUUCCUAGUGUCACAUCUAACAAAUUAAUAAAGGUUGUGGAUUCAGAUAAAUUGAACAAGUAUUUGAAUCAUUUUAAGGUUUCUAAGUUAAAGGAGCUGGAGUUGGACCUGGUACUGGACUUGCCUGCGCCCGUAUACAAAAAUAUGAAACCGGACCUUUCUAGAAUAGAAGAAUAUGUUUCCGGUCUAAUAAAAUACACAGAGUUGUUAAAGGAUGCUAACAAUGCCACUUUGAGUAGUAAAUUUGACAGUAAAAGUAAUAUUGUUGAACGUAUUAAGGAAUCCACAAAUUACGCUUCUAAAUUACAUUAUAACGACAGUAAAUCAACUGAAAUGGAUAAUUUAGAAGGCGAUAGUGAUGUGAAUAGUAGUAGUAAUGUAAAAGGUAACAAGAACUUAGCUGUUAAAAGGGUGUAUGUUAGACUUUUCAGGGACUUGCCGCCAGAUACACACUUGUUCAACAAAAGGUUAAAAUACUUUAUUAAUCACUAUUUUCCACUGAACACCAGUGCAACUGUUAAAUUCACACUUUUUUGUUUACUUUUGAGGUUAAACAAGGGCUACGAUAAGGCCAUUUUAGACGCAGUUACACUAAUGCCUCUGGUCGCCCUAAUUAUGCAAACCAGGCCAGGAAUCUUCCUAAAUAAACUACUGUUUCACCUGAUAGCCAGUCAGGGUGUUCCCAAAAGUAAGAAUUGUAUUUACACAAUUUACUAUCCAUCAGCUAAUUGUUACUUUUAUACACAUUACCUAGUUAUAUUGUACAAUUUACUGCCUUCACAUCUGGCUCAAAAGUUUCAUUCGAAUCGCACUUAA